UGAAACAACAGGGUGGGAGAUAACUAGUGCACAUCACGGAGCUACGGUGUGGGCAGACCGAGCAUCCUCUCCCGGCUGUGCAGGCUGCUGACCGGGACUUUACGGACCCCGCGUAAAUAGGCUAUCUAUUAAGUUAAGAGGAUGAUUUGACAAGGAUGCCUUGAGGAGGGGAAGCGAGCAGCAGAGAGGCAGAAAAUGGAUAACAAAGGGUGGUGCUCUCUAACACUCAACCAGCUGUCCUGCUGAAGCAAACACCAGUGACGUCUACCUUGGGGGAUACUAGAUGGCGGUGCAUUUCUGCUAACCUGUGGGGGAACUUUUCACACUGAGCCACGUGACUGGCCAUCACAGUGCCGCUCAGGGUGUACUACGUACUACAUACAGUACACACAGCCAGCGUGCUUUGCUGCCUCUGAAGAUCAUCUGUGUGAACUGAAAAGGAAGUGAUCAAAAAUUUAACAGAGGAGAGUGAGGCAGAAAGUGAGAGGGAGGAAGAAAGAAACCUCUGGACUCUUACAGCCUGUAUUUUGCACCAGGCCAACCUGUCCAUCACAGCCUCAAACGUACUCAUUACCAUCACUGAACUGUGAAAUCUAUGUUGUAAUAACUGUUAUAAUACAGCUAAUAACCGUAAGGACUCUUUGCUGGAUUUUUCUGAGCUGCGGAAAUCCCACUUAUUCUCUCCUUGUUGCUCAUUAAUUAAAUCCACUACCUGGUUAUUGAAAGCAAGCGUAGCACAGCACUGUACUAUUUCUGCAUGACCCAGUGCUUGCAUGAGUAUCCAGGAUUGCUUUUGACUUCGAAGAAGGACCCUUGAGCCGUCAACCAUCUUCUGACUGUCUGCCCAACUGUAGCGUUUGGGUGUGGAGCGGUGGUUUCAGAAUUAGGCCUCUGGACACUCAUUGAAGAUGACUUGAGUUGGCAGGCCUAAAAGCCCCUUACCCCAGAGAGAAAGAGAGCUUGGCAGUAGGACACACACACAACACACAAAUGUGGGUGCCGAGGCGGCUUUGAGCCAUGCUGGUGUUGCUACUUGCGGAGCCCUGGAGUACAGGCUAUCAUCAUCCCUAUCAUCAUUCACCCAAGCUGAGGAAGAUUCAACGGCCCCGAGGAGCGAGGCUACACUUGUGAACGAUUCAAAGAAGACUGGGAAACUGCGCUAACACACAGAGAUCCACAGAUACAUCCUCAGUCACACACACACAGACACACUAACACUCUUCUCUACAAAUCCUUGAUACAGGAAAAACAAAGCUGCGGCGGACGUGAAAGGCACAGAGACUGAGCAGGAGCUGUGCACCAACAUGGCAGCUGAGAGUCUUGCUGAGCUCCGUGAUUGGCUCUUUCUGCUCCUCCUGUGCCUCACCUUAUUGGCUGAGGUGCUGGAACUGGCGGCAGCGGCAAUCGCCAUGGAGACGGGCGAGGGAGAUGAGGGCAUUGUUUGUCCCUCAGUGUGCCGCUGUGAUGAGGGUUUUGUCUACUGCAACGACCGUGGCCUCAGCAUAAUUCCUCCACUACCACUAAUGGCUGCCAUCCUUUACUUGCAGAGCAACCGGCUGAGUAACGCUGGCCUGCCUCCCUCACUGGAACGCAGCACUUCCAUACGAGUGAUUUACUUGUAUGCCAACCAGUUGGAUGAAUUCCCUAUACACCUCCCGCCUUCGUUACGGGAGCUCCAUUUGCAGGAUAAUAAUAUACGAACGUUACCGAGAUCAGCUCUGGCCAAGUUACCAUUACUAGAACGUUUGCACCUGGAUGAUAACUCUAUAUCCACAGUUAGCAUCCAGGAGCGAGCUUUUUCUGGGACUCCACGGCUUCGACUGCUGUUUCUGUCUCGGAACCACCUUUCAAGCAUCCCUGCAGGCUUGCCAGCAUCCUUGGAAGAGUUGCGUCUGGACGACAAUAGAAUCAGCACCAUCCCCACACAUGCCUUUCGGGGGCUCUCCUCCUUGCGACGCUUGGUCCUGGAUGGGAACCUGUUGGCCAACACACGCAUUGCAGACGACACCUUUUCCCGUCUCUCCAAUCUGACUGAGCUGUCACUGGUGAGGAAUGCCCUGCAGUCUCCGCCAGUCUACCUGCCGUCAGCUCACCUCGUGCGACUCCAUUUGCAAGACAACGGAAUGACUCACAUACCACGAGGGGCACUGGACGGGAUGCGGCGACUACAGAGGCUGGACCUGUCGGGAAACAAUCUGACCACUCUCCCGAGAGGACUUCUGAAGGACACCGAGAGCCUGGAGCUGCUACUGCUGAGAGGAAACCCCUGGUACUGUGGCUGCAACCUUCGCUGGCUCCACGCAUGGCUGCACAGCCGUGGGGCAGGGGUUACAGUCAGGGGUCUGACCUGUCAGGCGCCUGAGCCCGUAAGGGGCCAGGCCCUCAGAGAACUAACCUCCCUAAUGGAGCAAUGUGAAGGUCCCCCUGCUGGUCCCAGUACUGGAAUGGGGACAAAUCCAUCUGAAAAAGAUGGAGGAGGUGACGAUGGUGUUGGAGGGGGCCAAGCAGUCGCUUCAGUCCCCCAUGGCAGCACCACCACUUCCUCUCUACUGGUCCCCACACAAGGUUCCCUCUUCACCCUGCGAGCCAAGCGGCCGGGCCUUGUUAUGCCUCUGCCUCCCGGUGAAGGGGGACAGGUAUCUGGAGAGGCCCUGGAGCUGACUGUAAAACCUCUCUCCUCGGACAGUGUACUGGUGAGUUGGCUGUGCCCACAGCCGACACCCUCCUUCCGCCUGUCAUGGCUGAGGUUGGGCAGCAGUGCAGCUCUUGGUUCUAUAACAGAGACUCUGGUACCUGGAGAGAGGAGGCAGUACCUCCUCACCCAGCUCACCCCACGCUCCCAUUACCUCAUCUGCCUGCUGCCACUACGACAGGAGUCCUCCUUUGGGGGUUCCAGCAUGGGUUCAUCUCGAAUUGGCAGCAUGGACACCGACAAUAAAGACUCUGCCCCAGCCUGUGCUCAGAUAGAGACUGGAGAGGCUCUGGUCAGCGCAGGAGGGGAGGGGUCAGAUAAAGAGGGACAGGACUCAGAACUAACAGCCCUGCCACUGGCCGGGAUCAUAGGGGGUGCCACAGCAUUAGUAAGCCUGUUGUUAAUCUUUGGCAUCUUCUGCUGGUAUGGACAAAGAGCAGGUUACGUGUCCGGGGACUCAGGCUCGUACAGCAGGGGCCGGGGUGGGAAACAUUAUGAUGACUAUGUAGAGUCAGGCACCAAGAAAGACACUUCCAUCUUAGAGAUCAGGGCCCCUCCUGCAGGGUUUCAGAUGACAGCUAUGGCCCAUCAGCCCCUGCAGCCUAAGCUGGAGGAUGUCACCUACAUCCACACCAUUUUCCCCUCCUCUUCCUCUUCCUCCCAAGCUAAUGGGACCUACCGGAGCAGCCACGGAACCGGCAGCCUCAAUGGCACCAUCCUCAGCCAAACCAGCCACCAUCACGUUACUUAUGGUACCAACCGUGGCUACAGAGAGGGUGGCAUCCCCGACAUAGAUUAUGCCUACACGUGAUGAUACAGGGACGCACUCCCUGAGCCACGAAUGCCAGGCGCCAUUUCUGUGAUGACGACCUCUCAGCCGGUGGCUGUUUUGUCCUUGGUUUCCAAAGUAACCUCUGUGCCUCUGCUGGUUCAAUUCUGAUUGGUUUGCUAAGUAGAAAAGACUGGUUUCAGCUAUCUUGAUUGGACAUUGCUAUUGAGUGACAGAAGUAACAGUCCUACUAUACUCUACUGCUGUAUACUACAUUAUACAGUAGGUCCUUCUUUCAGCGCUACUUAUAGUUAUAAAUGGUUACGUUUUCUCUUUUGGAUAUCUCAGUGUCUUUCAAACCUACUGUUCUUCUCAGCUCAUAAUAAUACACAGUAACUUAUUUGAGGUUGAUAUACUAGGCUUAGCUGAUUUAGCAGGAGAUAUAUUUAUAAUACGAGGAAAAGGCACUUGAUGUGUAUAGAGAUAGCUCUCAUAUCUUCCUACCAACUGUAAGCUCUGUGCUGUAUAGAUAAAAGGGAUGACAGAGGGAGAAAUCAAUGGUUGUUAUAACCCACAGAUGACAAUGCAUCAUGGUUGACAUGAAAAGAUGUGUUCCUAGCCCCCUCCUUUUCCUCUAGUUUACUCCCCUCCUUUUUAAUUUUUCCUCCUUUCCGCCUCUUUUUUUUUUGGCUGAGGCUCUUUCCUUUUAUUUCUCUCGUGUCUUUUGUGGUGCCGUGAGCAGAGGACGACUUUGUUCUCGCCAAGGGAGCUGACAGCAGUGAUAACAGUUCUGACAGAGACGGGAGACACAAACCACAGCAUGGGGAGACUAAUGAGAGGGAGAGAGGGAGGGAAAGACAGAGCGAGAGAGCGUCGGUAGGGGGGGGUGAUGGAUGGAUGGAUGGAUAGAACGGAAAAUAAGACAAGGAGAGAGAGAGGGGUGCUGUUUUGGGUAAGGGAGGCACUGAGAGAGGUGUGUGUUGGCUUAAGGCAGAGAGCGAGGACUGAAAAUGAGAGAAAAAAGGGAGAUAAGUGGGAAAAAAAGGGCGUGUGACAAAUGCAGUGGCAGGAGGUAAAAAAGCAGACAAAAGGAAAAGAAGAUGGGGGAUCGAGAAGGGUGCGGGCGGGGUGACGAAGAGGGGUGACAGCUGGAAUAAUGUGACAUCAUCAUCCAAAAAAUGCCUCAAGUUUAACCCACAGUGUAUCCAUACUGCACUCAGCAAAUAUAUGACUGAUAACAGACUGCGCUCUUUCCUCAAGGACUGAUGUUUUGCAAGUUAAAGUCUCACUGAAUGACAUUUCUUGGACAGUUUCCACCUUAUGCAUCAUUUAUCUUCAUCAUAACUUCACAUGCAAAUGUCUGUAGGACAUCACAAGGAAGACAAUCAUACAGAAAGAAUCAAAAAAACGUAAAAUGAUUGCCAAGACUGCAGGACAAAUGAGUGGCUUGAAGAGAACUCCUAUUAAAAAUCUCCCUUUCAGAAUUAACAAAAAGUACAGCAUGUACCCAAUUUCUAUUGUGGUCUGGUCUCAUUAUUAAAUUACCUUUGCAAAUGAAGCGAAAGAAACCUAAUCAUACAUCUUAUAAUAGUAACCCAUUAUCUUCUAGAGCCUGGUUAAACCUUCUUAAUUGAAAAGAAGUUUUAACGGCUAAUAAUUUUUCAGUGGAAGUCGGAACUGCACUGGUCUAAUUACUCUUUGUUGAAAUUCACUCAUAACAAUCUAUCUUCAAUUCAAUUUAAAAAAAAGUUGUGGUUGUGACAGUCUUUAUUGGUAUUUAAAGUUAAAAAUACAAGAGAGUAGGAGUCGGCGAUAUGGAUCAAAUCAUCUAUUAUAAUACAUGUAAUUUUAUAGUGUGAUAUUUAUGUGUUGGAACGUAGUAUUCAGGAUUUCUUGAUUGAAUACUGAUUAUAGGCUGUUUCAAGUGCGACAAAAUAAACAUUCUAAAUGGGUUCAAGUGUAUUUCCUGUUGAAAUGUUUGUUAAUGCAGCAGCUGACAGGAUGUUAACAGGGACCAAAGCUGCAACAGAACAGCAAUGAAACCAUAGAAAUAGAGUCUUCUUCUAUUUCUAUGAAGGAAACGGUCCAUAGAUUAAAUUACGAGAAGUGUCAUGAUUCUAGUCUGAAUUAAAAAAUGAUUCAAAUGAGCUUUUGGGUUCAAUUAUUGAAAUCAAAGCAUCUUUUUAAAAAAGAAGAAGACAAAUUUGAAAAUGUAAAUGACAGCUGUCAAGAUAUAAAACCAACGAUCUGUUGAUCUUUACGAAUCAAGACUGGAUAGUCCAAAUGUGGUGUAGCCUUCCAUGCUGAAAAUAAACUUUAUAUCAAAAGUUAAAUUGAAUCGUGACAUUAAAAUUAAAAGUCAAAUCAAACUGUGUCAACCGAACAAAUUACAAGGCAGUAAUGUUUGCUUUUGUGUAAUACAGUGAGUUAAGCACCUGACAAAUAAUAAAUACUUUAUCACAUUGACACAAAAAACAUGUGAAAUUCCAAUAUUGCCAAAAGUAGCUAUGCUUUUUGUUAUUUGUAACAAAAUGGCCAUAUACAACCAGAGAUAUUAACGUAAGAGCUCCCACAAAAAGAUUCAUGUAUUAAAUCAAUCGAGGGAAAAUUAAUCUUUAACUAUUCCGAUAAAUAAUAAAUCAUAAAAGUCAUUUUCUAAGCAAAAUGCUAAAUAUUUCCUUGUUCGAUCUUACCAAUAUUGACUUUUUCUUAGUCUUAUAUGAUAGUACACUGAAAUCUUUAUGUCCUGGACCAUCAGCUGGAUGAAACAAGCAAUUUAAAGACAUCACCCCAGGCGGUAAAUUGUUGUGAUAGACGCUAAUGAUUAAGCAAUUAAUUGAAAAGAUAAUCGGCAUAUUAAUCAUACAGACUCACAGUAUCUGUCAUCAGAUUGCCCCAUGUCUACAAAAGGACAUUUGAAUUUGGAGUAUUUUCAACUUAAGGCAAAAUAAAAGUCCAAAACAUGACUCUAAAACAGCUGAAAUUUCCUGAUCUGAUGCACUCUGUGAGGAAAUUAGCUGACUCAGGUCGUCCAGUUCUAAAGGCCUCAGUACAGCGUCGACACAGUUCUGUGAGCAGGGAUCACAGCCCGACCGCUACACCGUGCAGUUCAGCAAACAUGUACACACGGCAUGGAGAAGGAAGCAGCACCUGCUUUCUGACUGCCUCUCGCUGACCCCACUAAUAUACUUUAAGGGAGGAAGAACUUCAAAGGGAAACGCUAACAAACAGCCAGAGAUCAAAAGAGGAAGAGGAGAGGGUAGAGAGGGGGGAAAAAUAAAGAGUGAGGCCGUAGAGGGGAGGAUGGGGAUGAGUGAUAUAUAUAUAUAGAGCCUGUAAGUGUUGAAACCCAUUCUUUACUUUCAGUAGCUCUCUCUUUUCCAACCUGUGUUACUGUGUUCCAGUAAUAGUGGACGAGCUCCGGUGUGGAUUUUUUUAGGUUUUCAUUUGCUUCAUUUGUUUUUGUUUUUCUUUUCUUUUCUUUUUUUCUAAGAGCACUGAAGCUUCCUUUCAUUCUGUGCAGAAAUCCUUUUUCCUUUAAAAACGUCACCCUCAGAUGUGAUAAUGAAAACGCUCUUAUGUAUAAACAUAAAAAUGGGUGCAAAACGCUAUUCCAUUUAUUGGUCUGUCGUCUUUUUUUCUACACAGAUGAAUAAAGACUUCUAAAAGGAAAAGUAGUUUCACGAGUCUUAGUGUGUGUGUGUGUGUGUGUGUGUGUGUGUGUGUAGAGUGUGGAGUGUUCAUUAAAUCUGAAACAAAGGCUGGAGAUAUCAAAUAAUGCACUGGGAAGGCUUAAAAAAAUAAAAAUCAAUGGGAAGCUCAAGAUUAUUAAUAUGAUUUAUGACGAGACAGAGUGGACCUCGUUAAAUCACACACACUGGAUGAAUACAUCAGCUGCUCCAAUUCAAUUGAGAGGAAUCAGCCAGCCCAAAGCACACGCGUGUUUUCAUCCCGAGAAGUUUGCGUGUCAGCGAGUGUUGUAUGUUUCGCCGAGCAACAUGAGAAAAUGUGAGUGAGUGCGCUUGUGUGGAUGUGUUUGUGCUCUGUGCUCCUGCAGACAUGCCUCUCAUUCUAAGUGAGUGCUAAUACUUGUGUAAGCACGGAUCAAUAUAACGAACGGGGGAGUGUAUAAGUGUCCAUCUUAGAGUUACUGCUUGUGUUGGGUGUUUGUGAAGGAGAGUGUCACAAAGAAAUGUACUUUAUGCAGAUAGCAACGGGCAGUGCGUCUGUGUCUGGAGAUGAAAAACGACUCAAUAUGAAUGUUUGUCUAAAGAAUUCAUGAUUAUGCGUCUGUGUGUGCACUAAGGCGUACUGUAAAUGUGAUGCAGCUGUAUCUCCACGUCUCUGCUCUUAACGACAAUGCCCUGAGUUCUCAUCCGUCAUUAUGGAGGCCUUUCACUGCCCCAUUCCAUUAUCUAGCAUC